AUGUCUUUACCUGAAUCUUCAAGUGAUUUAUCUUCUGAUGAUUAUUCUUCAGAAGAAUUUGAAAAAAUAGAAUCAUCAAGUUUAUAUGAUCAGUUACAAGAUCUCUUUUAUGAUGGAAGAGAUGAUAAUGAAACUAUUAUUAAUACAGUUUUUGAUUUUAUAAGAUCAAAUCCUGAGAAAUAUGGAUUUGAUAUUAACUGGUGGUCUAAUGAAAAGGAUUUUAUAUUGAUUAAAGAAAAAGUUCAGGAUACUAUUUUAGGUUAUUCAUCUGUACUUGAAUAUUACAACACUGAUGAUGAGUUAAAAAAAUAUGAAGAAUCUAAUAAUUUUAAUUGUAUUAUUAAUCGUGAAGCUAUGCGUCUAUAUAGAGAUUUUAAACGUCAACAGAAAAUUUUACAGGAUAUUAAAAUUGACAGAGCAGAAAAAAGAGAAUUGAUGAGAGACAAAGAAGUAAACUAUUAUUGUAGAGGUGUUAAUCGAAAUGUUUAUUUGUAUAUAUGUGAACUUGCUAAAGUAGAAGAGUUACAUAUGAAACAUUGUGAUCUUU